ACAACUUCCAUUCGUAUUGUAGAUAACGAAUGGAAAACUCGCUAUCAAACACAACAUCAAAUAAACGAACAGCUGGAAAAACAGCGAAUUAUGCUGCAGGAUAAAUUGCAAAAUUUCCGUGAAACAUCCAAAAAUGGUAAGAAUAGAGCCUGGUUCACACUAGCAAUUUUGUCGGCGAUUUUAUGUUUCUGACGCAUGCAAAUGAGUGAACUCGCACACAGAAGAAUAGAGUCGCUUUUCAGAAGUAACUUGCUUUGUGUUGUCGAUUUUAUUCAUAUCUGCAAAAUUUUUAAGCCAUUCUUAACUCGAUAAUUCACAAUAAAUAAUGUGUUUUAAUGCAAGCUGGUAUACAUGAAAUUGCAGCGAAUGUAUAUCGUUCAUUAAGCUAUAACGCAUCAGUUGUGUUUUUAUGUUUGGAUAUUAAAUAUACAAAACACGUUACCAGUCAAACGACAAUACCGCAUAUUAAUAUAUCCAUUAUUUAUCUUAGGUAAUCGUCAUGAUAUUAUUGAUAAAUAUACAAAACACGUUACCAGUCAAACGACAAUACCGCAUAUUAAUAUAUCCAUUAUUUAUCUUAGGUAAUCGUCAACUCCAAAAAAGAUCAAAUAAAGAAGAACUCUCCGAUGUAAGUAGUCCAUGGCGUCUUAAGACCAAUCUAAACGAUGUGGUUGUCGUAAACGUUGUAUUCUGACUAGUGUGAGUGGUAACUAGGGACAAAUGGCGUGUGAACGUGUGACAAGUAUGUCGGAUGAGAGUUGGCAGUCACGCAC